GUGAUCAUGACCGACACGUUCCAAGCAGUUGUCUUGGUCGCCUCCAUCCUUCUGGUUCUGUACUUCGGCGAGAGGUACGUCGGCGGUACCGGCGUCAUUUGGUCCGACAGUUACAGAACGAAUCGCUUGGAGAUCUUCAAUAUGAAUCCGAGCCCAACGAUCAGGCACAGCUUUUGGUCGGUAGUGAUCGGCGGCACUUUUUACUGGCUCACGAUGUUCAGCUCUAAUCAGGCGUCAAUUCAAAAGUAUCUCACGGUGGAAACGAUUUCUCAAGCUCGAAAGGCGAUUUGGGUGUCGUCGAUCGGACUGAUCCUAAUCUACACGAUUAACUUCUAUACGGGAAUGGUGCUGGUCUCCCACUAUCGCUCCUGUGACCCGCUGAAAUCGCACCAGAUUUCGUCACCCGACGAAAUUCUGCCUUUCUACGUUUUGUCGCAGCUGGGUCACAUGCGAGGGGUUACGGGACUUUUCGUCGCGGGUAUUUUCGCCGCCAGUUUAGGGACAGUGGCGUCGGCGUUAAACAGCUUGGCCGCCGUCACCUGCAAGGAUUUCAUUUCUGGGGCGUUCAGAAUCGAAAUGGCCGAAUCUAAGGGCGCGCUGUGGGGCAAGUGCAUCUCCAUCGCUUACGGAAUUAUAAGUUUCGGACUUGUGUUUAUAGUCGAGCAAUUGGGAAGCGUAAUGCAGAUCGCCUUGAGUUUCAAUGGAAUGGUUGGAGGAGUGACUCUUGGUCUCUUCUCCGCGGGCAUGUUCUUCCCGUGGACGAACUCGAAAGGUGCGGUUACCGGGGCCACUGUCGCCCUAGCCGUUGUUCUUUGGAUGGGCAUUGGUCAGCAAGUGGCCGUUGCCAAUGGCAGUUACGUGGUGCAGCAGAAACCCGUAAGCGUCGAAGGUUGUCGUUGCCUGAACCACACGGAGAUCGCCGCAGAAGCCGUUGGCCAAAAUUCACUAUUCUUCUUGUACCGAAUUUCGUACCUGUGGUAUUCCGCAAUCGGCUUCCUUAUAACGGUCGUAGUGGCAUUUAUUGUUUCCAUCGUUACCGGCGUCCAAGAUCCCUUCGGCAUUGAUCCGGAUUUAAUGUCGCCUCCAUUCGCCUACUUUUACGAAACGCUGCCAAGGGAUUGGCAGGAAUUCCUUAGGCUUCCCCGAAUUGCAGAAGUCGAAAAGGCGAUCGACUUGAAAGGGAUUGUUAACCAUGGUCUGAGUAUGAGCGACGAUAAAGUGGAAAGUGACUGUAAGAAGACUGAUAGCAAAACGGGUCCUACAAAUUCGGUUAUCGAAAAGUAACUAAAAAUCAGUAUUAAUAAACUCGUUAUUUAAACAAAUUUUCGUUGUUAUUGUACAUAUAUUACAUAAUAUACACAAAUUGUGAUAUAA